AUAUUCUGGGGAGGAACCGAAUGAAUCCAUUUUAACCAAGACGACCGGAAAGGAAAGAGAGAGAUACGCCGGGAACAAUGUUGAAUUCUCAAUAGCAGCAACCUGAGGCCAUAAGCAAGUAUUUAGUUGUGCAAUAGGGAUGGGUGUCAGCUUUAAAUAUUGGGAUGAUUGUGUUGAUCCCAAGGACAUGGAAGCAAUGUGGAAGGAACCUGAGGUUAGAACUGAAUGGAUAGAUGCUGGGGAGACUCAAGGUCAAAAGGUUCAUCUCUCAAGGGAUCCUGAUGGACAGCCGUAUUUGACACAAAUUGAGAUGAAGGCCGUUGCUGAUAUUGUCAUUCACAGGCAUUUUGAUUCCAAGUUGGAUCCAGAGAUGAUUUGCGCUAUUGCAGAGCUUGAAAGUGACAGACAACCGCUGGCCAUACGAUAUGAGAAAAAAAUAAAGGACACAACAAUAGGGAUCAUGCAACUUUUGCCAAAAACAGCAGAGUGGCUGUCCGGGGAGCAUGGUUAUCAGUCAUAUCAAGUGCAAGGGAUUCCAGAUCUUCUGUUUAGGCCUUUCGUUAGUGUAUAUUUUGGAGCAGCUUACCUUGAAUGGUUAUCAAACUUUGAGGGCAAAGAAAGAAGUGAAGAAUUUGUGGUAAGAGCAUAUAAAGGUGGUACGAAAAAGGCAACUCACAAAUCAACUCUGCCAUAUUGGAAGCGGUAUCUUUCGGUGAAGGAAAGUCUUCCAUACCGAAAAAUUUGUGAUCGUCCUUCCCCUUCUAAAGCACCGAAGUCACCAACUUCACCAUGCUCCCCACGCUCAGGCUCUUAUGUAUAUUGGGACUCUAGAGUUUCCCCUGAAGAUAUGGAAGAGAUGUCAAAUCAUCCAGCUAUGUCAAAGGGAUGGGCUCCAUUUAAAGAAAAAAGAGAGAAAAUGCGCUUUGCACUUGAUGGAGAAAAGAGGCCAUAUCUUUCUCGAGCAGAACUGAAGGCUAUAGCAGAGAUUAUUGUCUCGAAGUAUUUCAGUACAAGGGGAAUCAAACCUGUAGUUCUUUGUGCUUUGGCAGAGAUGGUUAGCAGGUGUAUUCUGGAUGGGGAUGGAUCGCGACCCGGAUUAAUGGGAAUUGACUAUUCUACAGCUUUCUGGCUUUAUAUGGAGGUGGGUUACAGAGCUUAUCGAGUGGAUUAUGUUGAAGAUCUGACCAAGCCAUUUGUGUCCAUGUAUUUUGGUGCGGCCUAUUAUGCAUGGUUAUCAGAAUAUGAAGGGAGGGAAAGGACUCCACAGUUUGUUGUUCAGGCUUAUUUUGCUGGACCAAAGAAGGUUAAUCUUCAGGAGACAGGUCCACUCUGGCUUAAAUUUGAGCAAGCUUUGAGUAAUUUUGAAGAAAGAGCAAGGGAUCAAGAGAGCUGCAGCAUCCUGUAACUGAUACAACAUCACCGUUUCACACAGUUCUUUGCCAUCCAUUUUCAAGUUACACGGUUUUUAUCUUGUUUCAAAAUUAUAUCAAAGAGUUACUGGGGAGCCUUGUUUCCCGUGAUACACUAGGAAAUUCAACAAAAAAGACCUCAUUCUUCCCUGAUUCUGUAAAUUUUCCACUUUCUACAUCUUGCAGGAACAAUGAAUUCAAUUGUGUAUCUUUCUACAUUUUACCCAAUGUAUUGAAGGUUUCUAGCUAUUUAUAGCCUCUUUUUUCCUG